CCUUGGCAGCGCCUGCGCGCUGCGUAUGUCAGUUUUGCUUACUCCUACCGCGCGGUAAUACGUGUUUCACGAUCGUUUACUCUCGGCCGACGUAAACCUCGCCAGUGUCAUUUUCAUAAUUUGUUUUUCUUUACGUGACCUUCAACUCUUUCCCCAUGGAUUGGUUCAAACUUCACAGUGAAUAAAUACCAUUUGGGUGGUUUUUUUUUAUACCACAUAACGUUACUGAUAAAUUAAACAUAGUUGCCGCCAGUUUUGGAUGUUACACUCAGUCGAACAAUAUGAGCACCUGAAUGCACCUGAGCUAGUCUUCUUAUGAUAUGACGUAGUACGCGCCGCCAGCACCAUGCGGGCUUCACGACACACAACCGACUAGCUGACAUUCGCUGCACGUUGCUGUCACACUGAGAUGAGACGGCAGGCUCGGAUCUCAGCCGGCGGCACGCUUGUUGUGCGUUCCGCCUCUGCGUUACAAGUUUGGCUGUGGUUGCUGCUUUUUGUAUUCCAAAAUGAAUUUCGGAUAUCAAGGUCCAUUAAACCAGGGUAUUUGGACUUCGAUAAUCUACCCGAGACUAAUUUCACUUGUACCGGGAAGGUAAUCGGCGGUUACUACGCUGACCUUGAGACCUCCUGCCAGAUGUUCCACGUGUGCACGGUAGGACAGCAGGAUGAGCCCAUGGAUAUCAAGUUUCUUUGCCUUAACGGCACUGUUUUUGAUCAGGAAACACGAGUGUGCGAGAGAGUCGAUGAAGUAGACUGUACAAAGUCUGAAAAGUUUUAUAGUCUAAAUUUAGAAUUAUAUGGAAGCACGGCACCGCCAAUUAUACAACCAGACCAAACGAAACCUCCAGCAAAACCAACAGAGCAACCACGUCCACAAAGCAAACCUAGUACGACAGAUGUUUCAGAAAUAUAUGCUAAUGAUUCACCAACAACACCUGAAAAAAUUAUAAAUCUUUCGAUAGAUAUUAUUGAUUCUACUGAAGAUCCUAUUCAAGAAAUAAAAAAAAAUGAAAAUAGGAAUUCAACAAAAUUUUCACUAUUUCCAUCCAAGCAGCAAGAAGGAAUAAAUGAUGAAUAUGAAGAAGAUGAAGAUGAAAUCGACGAAGAAAAUUCAGAUUAUGAAGAAGAAUACUCUCAUCCACUAACAACAACAACUAUUCAGACUAUUACGACAACAUCAACAACAACAAAGAAACCUUUGACAAGCACCGUAUUACCGCCCCCAACUACACGACAAGCAAUUGUACCACAUUUAAUAUCGUCCCCAUCACCAUCUGUAUCAAGUUUAUCGCCUUCCAUUCAUUCAUCUUUCGCACCAUCUGUAUCUCCUUCAUCAACUUUAGACCCUUCUUUAUUGUCUCCCCAAGAGUUUAUCUAUCGUCACCGAGGUCCUGGAUCUGAAGCCAUUUCCUUUCAACGCCAAAGUUUUCGGCCAGCUGAUGGAGUUUACAUAACUCAUGCACCACCGCAACAAUACGAUCAUUUUCAAUAUGAAUCCUCAAGAACUGCUCCAAGACCUGUUCCUCGACCAGUGCCAUUUGUUCAACGCCCUCAACCGACGCCAUUUCGCCCUACUACCAAUGAUCCACGUAAUCAGCUUUUACGUCCUGUACAGAAUACUCAAUCGUCAGAAAAACUAGAAACUUCCAUUAAACAUCGCCCUCAAUCAUUUCCAUCACAUUUACCUCCUCAGCCACCAUUACCCUUUAACCCUUUCUACUACGAUCGUAAACGCAGUGAUGAUUCAAUUCCUGAGAAUGAAUCAUCUUUAUCAGCUAGAUCAGUAGCACCCCCAAAUGUAACGGAACGCCCUUUACCCAAACCGAAAAGUCCACCUCGCGUAAUAGUUACAGCUAGCGCAUCUGUAAGUGAUAGCAAUGGCAAAAGGUUAAAUUAUACAGUGGGUAAUGUGGUCAGUGCUGUUAAACCAAUAGUGCCGAUCAACUAUGACGAAGAAUCAGAAUAUAUAUUUGAUCCAUUCUUUCUCGAUGUGCCAAAACUUAAAACGCGACGAAAGACAAGAUCUAGUAAAUAUAGAAAGGUUGUAACUGUUCCUGCGCCUGCUACUAUACCAGAUAAGAUGUCAUCCGUCAAAACUACCACAACAACUACUUUUUCCCCAGUGACAUCACGUGCGACUACUACAAAAGUUACGUCUUCCACUUCUACUACUACAUCAACGACUACCGUAGCUUGGAACCCUGAGGACUAUGUAGAUGAUAAUUAUGAACCGCACGCAUAUAUUCCACCUGUUCCUCCUUUAGCAGUUUUAAUGACUCACGACAAUAUAAAUUUUAAAAAACAAGAUAGAUCAUCACUGAAUGAUGUAAUAGCUGGUAAUAAAGUCAAGGAUAUUAAGUCGGAACACAACCGUAAUGAACAGCCCAAGCCAACGACGUCUGUGGCGCAUACAAUCUCUAGUCAAAGUGUGGGCACUGAGGCUACGGUGCCGGUCACCUCACCGACUCCUAUCGAGGCGCCCGCCUGCAUCACUUCGCGCUCCACUGACUGUCGGAUUCGUGCCUAAUAUUUAGCUCACUUAAUUCAUAGAUAAGUAGAAGCAUAUUUAAAUAGAUAGUUAAAUUUAAUAAGUUCAGAUGAUUGAUUGCCUACUUCUGCAAAAUAAAAUAAAUUUGUUGUAGUUGUAGGGUAUUUAAAUAAAUAUUAAAUAAAACGAAGUAUACUUUCAUACCUGAAUAUGCGCAAAUUUAAAUAUUUAUGUAAUACUUUAAACUUAACUACUUCACAUAAGUAGAUAGAAAAUUACUUUCAAAAAUAGACC